GCCCCUCAUAAGAAAGAAUUAUCUUUUCCAAAAUGUCAAUAGUGCUGCUGUGGAAAAAUUCAGAUAAGAUAGAUAGACAGAUAGAUAGGUGAAUAGCAGUUACAAUGGACAAAAGCUUAUAAAGAGACACAAAAUAUCCAUGCUAGAAGGUCAUUUUAAUAGGCUCACAAAAGGACAAACAUGGAUUUAUAAUUGAAAAGGUGAUUCGGAAUAUGUAGUCAUUCCAAUUGAAAUGUCCCAUAAAUCAGAUGGAAUUUUAUAAUUUUUUUUUUAAGGGAUGAAGAUGAGUGGCCUAGUAUUAAUUAAUGGAUCAUGUGCUCUAGGUGUGGAUAAAGUAGUUCCUCAAAAUAUAAUGAUUCUUAUGUGGAAAGCAGAGUCCAAGGAAGUAAUGAACAAAAUGUUUAGUAAAUAUGGGUAGAACCCAUGUUCUGUAGCAAAUGAAAAAAAUCUAGAAAAAAUUAUUUUGAAUUUACUAAACGAUAAUCUGUCAUAAAUGGCUUUCCAUCCUAUAAAAUAAUGCUGUACAUGUUAAUGCCUACGAGAUAUUUUUAAGAUGAAAAUUGAUAUGAGUUACUUUAACGCAGACCGAACUAUGCUCAUUAUUCUCCACACAGGACCCCUGGCAAUAAUUUACCUAGCAGCACAGUAGUUCACGCAGAUCAAAGCUGCAUUAUUUAAGCGUGUCCAGGAGGCAGAUUUUAGCUCUGUGCCUUAUAUUUUAAAGAAAAAGACAUUGGUUUUCUUCUUGAGAGACAAAAUAUGUUUAACUAGGUGCUUCAAGCAAGUCCUGCAAUAUUUAAACUCACAGGAAUGCCUCCUGUUUUCUGGGAAGAACCCUUGCCCUACCCCAAAUACUCUAAAAUCUCAGAGGGUUAUAGAACAACUGUGGGAAAGCCAAUUUCUUCAAAUGAACAGCGAUGCCUUUAAAGUGGAUUUUCGUUUAAAUUGAACCCAAAUGUAAAUUAGAUUCAGGAAAGGAAAUGGCAGAGGAGAGUCUGUCGUUGAUAUAGAAUGUGCCUGCCUGCUUCGGCUCACAGACAAGUGAUGAAAGUCCAACUCUGAAAUUUCAGGCCAUUUGUAUACCAAGCUCCUCCUUUUCUGCAGUCUUCUUUUCCAUUGGUAAAAUUCUUUUGCAGGGUCAUGUAGGGAUCCCACCCCUUCCCUGUGUUUUCACUCUGAAGCUCUACACAACUUUACACCUGAAUGAACGCCAAACCUCUGUGGAUAUAUAAAGGGAACCUUGAGGAGGAAUUUCACAGUUACAGUGCAGAAGCGGAGGGAAAAGAAUUAACCAGCUCUUCAGCCAAGCAAAUCUUUUACUCACCAUGCUUCCUCCUGCCAUUCAUUUCUAUUUCAUUCCCCUUGCAUGCAUCCUAAUGAAAAACUGUUUGGCUUUUAAAAAUGAUGCCACAGAAAUCCUUUAUUCACAUGUGGUUAAACCUGUUCCAGCACACCCCAGCAGCAAUAGCACGUUGAAUCAAGCCAGAAAUGGAGGCAGGCAUUUCAGUAACACUGGACUGGAUCGGAACACUCGGGUGCAAGUGGGUUGCCGGGAACUGCGUUCCACCAAAUACAUCUCUGAUGGGCAGUGCACCAGCAUCAGCCCUCUGAAGGAGCUGGUGUGUGCUGGUGAGUGCUUGCCGCUGCCAGUGCUCCCCAACUGGAUCGGAGGAGGCUAUGGAACCAAGUACUGGAGCAGGAGGAGCUCCCAGGAGUGGAGGUGUGUCAAUGACAAAACACGUACCCAGAGGAUCCAGCUUCAGUGCCAAGAUGGCAGCACACGCACCUACAAAAUCACAGUAGUCACCGCCUGCAAGUGCAAGAGGUACACCCGGCAGCACAACGAAUCCAGCCACAACUUUGAGAGUGUGUCGCCUGCCAAGCCAGCCCAGCAUCACAGAGAGCGGAAAAGAGCCAGCAAAUCCAGCAAGCACAGCAUGAGUUAGAACUCAGACUUCCAUAACUGGACUGACUAGUAACCAUCUGCUUUACAGAUUUGAUUGCUCGGAAGACUCAAGCCUGCCAUUGCUAUUUUCUCACUUGAAAGUGUAUGCUUUCUGCUUUGAUCAAACCCAGCAAGCUGUCCUAAGUAUCAGGACCUUCUCUGGGAAUAGUUUUUUUCCUUUUCAAGUUUUUCAAGAUGUACAUAUAUACAUGAAUGCAAUUUGCAUUUAAGUUCCAUGCAUCCUGUAGUUUUAAUUCCCCACCAUUCUUAAAAGACUCUUGAUACUAUAUACAUCACUGAAUCAUUACAUUUUAAAACAGAAAAGGGCCUCUCAGUUACCCUCCAUCCUCUAACCCAUCCCUGCCCCCAAACAAAACCUCUUCAAAACAGGAAAGUUGUUUUUUUUUUUUUUUAAGUUGCUGUGAAUCUUCACAGUAAAAUUUUAGAAAGGUGCUUUUUUGGUAAUCUUCAUGGGAACAGUUUAGCAGCCAUGAUCGAUCUUCCUUUGAAAGAGAAUGAAAGACCUUGUGACAUUUCACUUCAAAAAUAAGCCCUGUAGCUUUUUACAGUCGCAUAGAAUGAAAUUAUACCCUGCAUGCUGAACUUUGCUUGGAAUGGAAUGCCAGAAAUGCAUGGCAGCAGCUAAUAAGUAAAGCCGAUUAACUAUUUAUUUGUCAAUGUUAUUAUUUAAUGAGCUUUCACAUGUGAUCUUUUUUCAAAAUAUUAAUUUUUUAUGUUUUGAAUCUUUUUCAUGUACCUAAAUAUUUUCCUACAUGAUUUGUGUUUGAUCUAGAAAUAUGAAAAAUACAUGUUAUAGAUAUGUAAAAUAAAUAUGUUAGUCUCAUUACGUGUUUCAUCACAAACUUUAUCAACAGUAUGGAUCUUUUGAAAUCAAUAAGAUGCUUUGUAAAGCUGAAAUAUGUAAUACUUUCUUGUUUAGUCUGUGCAAUCAGAAGGUGCCUUGACCUUCAUUUCCAUUGGUUUAACAAAAAUAAAUACUGCUAAAAGUUA